AUGGCAAAACCUGACGAUGUCCGUAUGGGCAAUAUUCUGGCGUCAUCAGCCACGGGCACAAGCUUUUUGAUUUUGAUUCAGUUAGCAUCCAGGGUCUUUACGUUUGCCUCGAACCAAUUGAUUCUGCGCACCCUUUCACCGGUCGUGCUGGGAAUAGCAGCACAACUGGAGCUCUUUCAGGUUUCGAUCCUGUAUUUCUCAAGGGAAAGUAUUCGGAUGGCCAUUCAAAGGCAGCCUAUUCUAUCUUCGCCUGACAACCCAAAAAGUUCCCUUGAAGCAGAUUCUGCAGCGACGGAUUCGCAAUCUGUAGCAUCUCAAGCAGUAGUGAACGUGUCUUACCUGAGCCUUGCCAUUGGGAUUCCUGCCAGUCUUCUGUUCACUAUGCUUUACCAGUGUUUUGUCCCAGAGGAAGCAUCAGAGACCGCCUUCUUCUACCACAGUGUCAUCUUGAUCGGGGCUGCAUCUCUCAUGGAACUCAGCAUCGAGCCCUUUUUCUCGAUAGUGCAACAACAGAUGCUUUACGAGAAACGCGCUGCUGUUGAAAUGCCCGCGGCAUUUUUGAGAAGUGCGGUGACAUCCUCUGCCUUUAUAUAUGCUUCUCAAGUCAACUAUGACCUCGGUGUGCUACCAUUUGCUCUUGGUCACCUCAGUUACUCGCUGGCACUCAUCGGUGGCUACUCGCUGGCCCUACUCAGGAGAACCAACACAACCCGGUUCUCUUUCUUAUUGACACGUAUACAAUCCAGGGACCCCUCAAACUACUUUCUGGGACGGUUCUCACGCCAAUUAACGUCGCUUGCUGCGAAUGUCUUUUUCCAAUCUUUGGUGAAGCAUCUUCUCACGCAGGGCGACACUAUGAUGCUCGCAGCCCUUUCAGGGUUAGAAGAUCAGGGCAUAUAUUCUCUUGCGUCAAACUAUGGCGGGCUCAUUGCGCGGAUCAUCUUCCAGCCGCUGGAGGAGAGCAGCCGGAACUUAUUCUCAGCCCUAUUGAGCCGCGAUGAGGAUGGGAAACCAAAGAAUAUCCAUAUCCGCACUGCCAAAGAUCACCUUGUAGAUAUUCUACGCUCGUACCAGUUGAUGUCAAUCUUGAUAUUUCCGUUGGGCCCAAUGAUGGUUCCUCAGUUGCUACAUAUCCUGGGAGGCCGUCAAUGGGCUUCCCCCAAAAUUGGGGACCUGCUCUCCGUCUAUUGCUACUAUAUCCCAUUUUUGGCAUUCAAUGGGAUCACCGAAGCGUUCGUGUCAUCUGCAGCAAAUUCGCAACAGAUACGGAAGCAGACGGCAUGGAUGGGUGCCUUUUCCACCUGUUAUGCCUUGGCCGCCUAUAUGUUCCUAGAAGUAGGGAACUUGGGUGCGUAUGGAUUGGUGCUGGCCAACAUUGUGAAUAUGGUGGUUCGAACCAUUUGGAGUUACAGUUUUAUCAAAUCGUACCUCCAUCGAAAUGGAUGUAGCCUGCACACGAGUGAAGUGGCAAUUCGACCUGCCAGCUUCAUUCUGUGUGCUCUGGCGAGUUUGUUCUUGGGCGGAUUUGGCCUGGAAUUGGGAUUUAUCAAAGCAUGCGCCUUAAGUGGCAGCUAUGCUCUCCUCAUGUGA